UGGCGGCGAGCAUCAUCCUCGCGCGCCGGCCGCGGUGAAAGCCCCCUUUCCCCCCAAGAUGUCCAUGCUCGCGGAACCACGUCGCAAGCAGAAAUGGUCUGUGGAUCCCCGGAACAGUGCUUGGAGUAAAGAUGAAUCGAAAUUUGGCCAGAAGAUGUUGGAAAAAAUGGGAUGGUCGAAAGGCAAGGGGCUUGGAGCUCAGGAGCAAGGCAACACGGAGCACAUCAAGGUCCAAUUGAAGAACAACACUCUGGGCCUAGGAGCAUCCGUCAGCCAAGAGGACAACUGGAUUGCACACCAGGAUGACUUCAACCAGCUUCUGGCAGACCUGAAUGGCUGCCAUGGACAACACGUACCAGAGGCUUCAUCUAGAGAGGAAAAGAAAACAUUUAGCCUGGAGCAGAAAUCCAAGACUUCCAGGAAACGGGUUCAUUAUGUGAAAUUUGCCAAAGGAAAAGAUCUUUCUUCCCGAAGUGAAGACGAUCUAUCCUGCAUUUUCGGGAAACGCCAGAUCAAGAAAACACAGGUUGAUGCUACCAACCCAGACUCUCCGGAGGAAGACCCCAAAGAGGAGAAUGAACCACCUGAAGAGGUGGACAUGAGCAAUACCGUGACCAGCGCUCUUAGCGUACAGGAGUAUUUUGCCAAGCGCAUGGCACAACUCAAAAAAGCCCAGCGUAGGGUCAGCAGCGUGUCAGGGGCGGCUUUGGGGUCUCAGUCUAAGAAGAAAAAGAGCCACAAACCUUCCGGGCUUGAGAAUGAGGGCGGAGAACCACGGGCAACGCUUGGCUCAAGUGGGGAAGAAGUGGAUGAGCCGGAAACGCAGAAGAAAAAGAAGAAGAAGAGGAAGAAGAAGAAGAAGAAGAAGAAGAAUUCUCAGCACUCAGCCAUUGAUGGCAGUCUUACUUGCAAUGUUGCCCCACAGGGCACCCAGGAGAGCGGAUCCUGUUUCUUUGGAACAUCUGAUGAAGGAAAAGGUGACUUAGAAGAUCCAAGGCCAAAGAAGAAGAAGAAGAGAAAGUACAGAAACAUCGAUCGGGAUGCAGCGGAGGAUGCCGGAAGCACUAAGCCAAAGAAGAAGAAACGUUCCAGUUAACUCAGCCCCCACCCCCCACCCCCCACCCCCGGACCGUUUGCAUGACUUGAAUUGUUGGCCUUUUGGCUGUAAUAAUGCAUUAGCCAAGUAUCCAAACGUACCCAGAUUCAAACAAACCAUCUCGGCCCAUAUUUGCAGUACCGUCCCAGUCCUGGAAGAAUCGCCAGAAGCUCACAGACGCGGUGGAGGGGGACCGUGUCCACUCAGACCUAGUCCUACACCGUGCGCUCUUGGAGGACUAGAAACUGAAGCGGCAGCCCCCAAGCCCCUCGCUCUGGCGUUGCUCCAAAAGCAGGGUAUCAGUCAACGACAAAAUAGGCAAGCCGUUGCUGGGUGAGCGCCAGUCGCCACAAGCAAUUCCCCCCGUGCCUUCACAGAAAAGUGAUGGAAUUGGUGCAGCUUGUUGCCGCCGGGGGUCCCUCUUCUGCCGAGGAGGGAACGAGAGCCGGCUCUAUGUUUGCCCUCUGGCGGUUUCCACCCACCCACCCCUCACCACUUGCCCCAGUGGGCUCUAGCAGGCUUACCGGCCAUGGGCACAGGCAGCAUUGGGCUGGCUGGUUCAAGGCACCCUUUCAAUUUCCCACAAUGCACUGGAAGGCGGCCACAGGGUAGCGUCAGCAGGAUGCAAGGGGUGUUGGGUGUUGAUGCCAACCCAGAUGCGUUGGGGGUUGGAACCCAGCACAUCCGGAGGGCGCGACGUCGGGAAACGCUGGCCUAGAUCCUUUGGUUCUGUACACCACCAACCCUAGGGGCCACAUUUCGGUGCCUGCGUCUUUCAAUUCCACAACGCGCAAACUACGAGCCGCCUUUUCUCUUAAUUACGAAGUGUCGAUUUACGACUUUUUUUUUUUUUUUUAAAGUGGCUUUUCCGACUUACAUAAAUGCUCGCGGUGACGUUAAAAGGUCAUUCGCCCAUUUGCAACAGGAGCGUCCCGCGGCCAGGAUUUCUUGAACGAUGUGCCCCCUUAGGGCAUCUGUAACAGAGACCCGAAAUCAAUGGCGCAGCAGGGAUUGGAUUGGGGGGGCGGAGGGGGGGUGACGUGUGCCUGCUAAUUUGUGGUCGCAAUAUCUGCAUUCCUUCGAUUUUGUGGGCACUCUUCAAAGGACCAUCGCGGCACGAAAGGCAGGCGGUGAAUUGCUUUUGGUGAAACGGUGGGUCAUUGCCUGUUAAUGCAUGAAUCGAACCCUGCUCUUCGACCUCGAUUCUUAACUCACGAUUGGCUGUUUGGGGGCGUUUGUGGUUUUCAGUUCCCCCUUGCAGCCUUCUGAAGAAUGAAAUAAAACGUUGGGAUCGAAAUCUCAUUAAAUGGAAUUGGGGUGUGUGUGUUCGUUCUUGUUUCGCCCCGCCUCCUUCCUCUACACUUUGAUCUCCCCUUGGUAUCUGCGAAGUUUAACACGCAAAAUGUAAUUAUUUUAACAAAGGCGCGUUCCAAUCUCGAUGGAAAAUCAGGUGUCAGACGAAGAAAGUAAACAGAUUAAGUAUGAA